UUUGUGUGAAUGCGUGUGUAUGUCAAUUGGACAGUUCCGAAUUUUCUUUCAUCCUUCAAAAAGUCGUGUUGUACCUCCAAUAGCCACGAUGGCGGCGAAUUUAGGAAGAAUCUGUGGCUCCAAAUUAUUAGGAACUUCGGGAGUAGUUGGUUUCCAACAGGCCAAACAGCUGUCUACCGCCAAGGCAUGGACGAAUGGACAAAAAAAGCUCAUCGCGUCGGUUGGUGCCGUCGCUGGAGGCUUAGGGGCUUUGCUGUUUGCUCUGGAAAGCUCAGUGGAAGCAUCUGGCACAGAAGUACAUCCACCAGCAAUGCCAUGGAGUCAUAGGGGUAUUAUCUCCUCUCUGGACCAUCAAAGUAUCCGCCGUGGCUACGAAGUGUACAAGCAGGUUUGUUCUGCCUGUCACUCUAUGCGCUAUAUUGCUUACCGCAACUUGGUAGGUGUUUCUCACACUGAGGCGGAAGCAAAGGCAGAAGCUGAAGAAAUAAUGGUUAGAGACGGUCCCGAUGAUACCGGAAACUACUACACUCGUCCGGGUAAACUUUCUGAUUAUUUCCCCUCCCCUUACCCGAACGAAGAGGCUGCUCGUGCUGCCAAUAACGGUGCUUAUCCACCAGACUUGAGCUACAUUGUAUCAGCUCGCAAAGGAGGUGAAGAUUACGUAUUUUCGUUGCUUACCGGUUAUUACGAUGCUCCAGCUGGUGUAGUGUUGCGUGAUGGACAGUACUUUAACCCGUACUUCCCUGGUGGUGCUAUUUCCAUGUCUCAAGUGCUAUACAAUGAGGUUAUUGAGUACUCAGAUGGUACACCUCCAACUACGAGUCAAUUAGCCAAGGACGUGGCCACCUUCCUUAAAUGGACUUCUGAGCCAGAACACGACGAUCGCAAGCAGCUUACAAUUAAGGCAUUUGGAAUUCUUGCUUUCUUGGGCGUAAUCGCAUACUAUAUCAAGAGACACAAGUGGUCAACUUUGAAAUCUAGAAAGAUCGUUUUUACACCCAAGGAUAAAUAGAUUGCUAAACACAAUCCAAAAAAAAUUAAGCAUUAAAACUUCAGAAAAAUUAUGUAAACGAAAUAUGCCGAGCUAGCACCGCCAACAGCUGAAGAAAGCGCAAAACUUCACUGCAGGGAGAAAUCAUUGGCAGCAAUCAUAACUCCCAAAGAAACUUAGAAAAUUGUUACAAUUUAAACUAAAGAUUACAUUUAACGUAAUUAUUAAAGAAUGAAAACCACAAAUAAAAUGCUAAAUAUACGAAAAA